AUGCUCUCUCUCCAAUUCUCCCAGGCUCUUCCCACGACGCUCGUGGUGGCUCUGCUACUUGCUUCACUCGCCAAUGCUGAUUUCCACAACUUCAACUGUGGGGAGGCAGUAGGCGCCUGCAGCCAGUUAUACAACAACGGCGAGGCGAUCGCAGUCCCGUCCAACCAGUACGACUGCAACGGGGCAGAGAACGCGCCUGUCUUCGACGGCACUAAUGGCGUGUCCGAUGAGUCGCCCCAGUAUGAGUCGUUCUCCAUCACCAACUUCUGCGGCACGAAUAUCGACUUUUAUCCCGCUAGCGACGGCCAGACGAUCCCCUUCUACAUCAGUGGCGGCGACGGGACGGUCCAGGGCACGUGUUACCCAGGGAGCGGCGACAAGAUGUCUUGCGUUGUUCUAUGA